AUGAGCAAUGCCAAAGAACAGAAAAUCAGCAUCAUAGAGGCAGCAUUGUCUCCAGGCCAAAGACCAAUAUCUGCAUUUCCUGAAGUGGAUGUCAGUGAGAAACACAAAUCAAGUUUGAAAAAGAAAUUUGAAUGUAUUUGUGAAGGUUUUGCAAAGCAGGAGAACCACAUGGCUCUAAACGAGAUCUACACAGAGCUCUACAUUAUCCUGAGUGGAACAGAAAAAGUCAUUAAAGAACAUGAAUUCAUACAGUAUGAAACAGCAUCCUGGAGAGCAGCAACAGAGGACACACCAAUCAAAUGCAAUGACAUAUUUAAACCCUUACCUGGACAAGACAAACCCAUCAGAGCUGUGCUAACAACAGGAGUCGCUGGCAUUGGAAAAACAGUCUCUGUGCAGAAGUUCAUUCUAGACUGGACAGAAGGGAAAGCCAAUCAGGAUAUCCACUUCAUAUUUCCACUUCCUUUCAGAGAGCUUAAUUUGAUGAGUGACCAAGAACAGAGUCUAAUGGAUCUUCUCAGUGGCCUUUUCAUGGAAACAAAGAACUUUGAUUUUUUCAGCAAUGAGCAAAAAGUUUUGUUUAUCUUUGAUGGCCUUGAUGAAUGUCGACUACCUUUAAAUUUCCGGAGCGAAGAAAGUCUGCGUGAUGUAACAGAGUCAACCUCAGUGGAUGUGUUGCUGAUAAACCUCAUUAAAGGGAAUGUGCUUCCGUCUGCUCUCAUCUGGAUAACUUCACGACCAGCAGCAGCCAGUCAAAUCCCUUCUAAAUAUGUCGACCAGAUCACGGAGAUACGAGGAUUCAAUGAUUCACAGAAGGAGGAGUAUUUCAGGAAGAGAAUCAGUGAUCAGAAUCUGGCCAACAGAAUUACCCUGCACGCAAAGUCUUCAAAAACUUUGAACAUCAUGUGCCACAUACCAUUGUUCUGCUGGAUGCUAACCACUGUUCUAGAGAGAAUCUUUAAAGGAACAGACAUUGUAGAGAUCCCCAAGACUCUGACUCAAUUGUACACCCACUUCCUUAUAAUUCAUAUAACCAUCAUAAAGGAAAAAUAUGCAAAACAGGUAGAGAGAGAACUGAUUUUCAAACUCGGGCGAUUGGCUUUUCAGCAAUUAUUGAAGGGUAAUGUCAUCUUCUAUGAAGAAGACCUGAGGGAGUGUGGACUCGAUGUAAGAGAAGCAUCAGUGUACGCAGGGAUGUUCACCCAGAUCUUUAAAGAGGUGUCUGGGAAGGUGUAUUGCUUUGUACAUUUGAGCAUUCAGGAGCACCUUGCUGCCCUGUAUGUGUAUUUGUCUUUUAUGAUCAAGAAUGAAAACGUUCUAACCCAAAGUAGAUUCUCUAAACUUGUGGCCAAAGUCAAAGUUAAUACUAUUUUUGAUCUACACAAAAGUGCAGUGGACCAGGCCCUGCAGAGUAAGAAUGGACACCUGGAUCUUUUCCUCUGCUUCUUUCUAGGCCUUUCAACAAGGUCCAGUCAGACUCCUUUACAAGGCCUCCUCACAAAGACAAGUAGAAGGUCACAGAGAAACAGCAAGACAAUCCAGUACAUCAAGAAGAAGAUAAGAGAAAAUUCAUGUCCAGAGAAAUCCAUCAGUCUUAUCCACUGUUUGAAUGAAAUGAAUGAUCAUUCGCUUUUGGAAGAUAUCCACAGACACCUGAGCUCAUUAAACCUAUGUGAGUCAGAUUUAUCAUCUUCACAGUGGUCUGCUCUCUUUCAUAUGUUACCUACCGCAAAAGAGAAACUUGAAAUGUUUGACCUGCAAAAAUACAGUGAAGAGUUACAGAUGAUACCAGAAAAAAUAAUCCUGAGGCUUCUACCAGUGGUCAGAGCAUCAAGAUCAGCUGAUCUGAGGAACUGCAACCUGACAAGUGAAAGCUACUCUAUUCCGGCUUCAGCUCUCAGCUCAAACUUUUCUUGUCUGAGAGAGCUGGACCUGAGUCACAAUAAUCUAUAUGAUUCAAGAUUGGAGCUGCUCUCUGAUGGACUGGAAAAUCCUCAUUGUAAACUUGAGGUACUGAGGUUAAGGUCCUGUAAUCUGACAGAAAAAAGCUGUGUAGCUUUGGUCUCAGCUCUUACCUUACGCUCUGCCAGUCUAAAAGAACUGGAUAUAAGUAACAACUAUCUGCAGGACUCAGGAGUGAAGGUGUUUUCUAGUGGAUUGGAGGAUUCCUAUUUUGACAUAGAGAUACUGAAUUUAAAUAAUUGUCACCUGACAAAAAACAGCUGUGCUGCACUAGCAUUAGUGCUGAACUCCAAAUUCUCUGGUCUGAGAGAACUGAACAUGGGCAAGAACAAAUUGCAGGAUUCAGGUGUAAAGCUGCUCUCUGCUGGCCUGGAGAAUCCUCACUGUACACUGGAGAUACUGGGACUGAGUGACUGUGAUCUGACAGAGAACAGCUGUGAAGCUUUGGCCUCAGCUCUGAGCUCAAAUUCCUCCUGUCUGAGAAAGCUGGAUCUAAGUAAGAAUAAUCUGCAGAAUUCAGGCAUGAAUCUACUAUCUAUUGGACUGAAGAAUUCUCUCUGUAAACUGGAGACCCUGAGCCUAAGUGACUGUAAACUCACAGAGGACAGCUGUGAGGUUCUGGCCUCAGCUCUCUGCCAAAACUCCUAUCUGAGAGAUCUGGAUUUGAGUAAGAACAGACUUUAUGAUUCAGGAAUUGAGCUGCUCUCUGCUGAACUUGGGAAACCUCACAGUAAACUCGAGACACUGAGGCUGAGUGACUGUAAUUUGACAGAAAAAAGCUGUGCAGCCCUGGCCUCAGUUCUCAAAACUCAAAGGUCAAAUUCCACCAGUCUUAAAUUGCUGGACCUCAGCUGCAAUAAAGUACAGGACUCAGGAGUGAAGCAGCUCUGUGCUGGACUUGAGAAUUCUUACUGUCAGUUGGAGAUACUGAGUCUUAAAUCCUGUCAUAUCACAACUAAAGGGUGUGAUUAUCUGGCUUCAGCUCUAAAAUCAAACCCCCUACACUUGAGAGAGCUGGAUCUGAGUUUAAGCAGUCCAGGUGGCUCAGAAAAGAAUCAUCUAUGUUCUUUAACACAGGAUCCACUUUUUAAACUGGAGAAAGUAAUGUAA